ACAGCCAACUACAACAUAUGAAGCUAUCAGAAUUGCGUUAUCUACGUAACUAAUCUUUUUAGAGCUCACUUUGCUCAUCAUAUUGGUUCAAAAAAAGUUUAAAUUAGGUCAAUAAAUAAUGACAUUAGGAUCAAAAUGCUCUGGUUGAUAUAGGUAAAAUAUUUUUGAACAUUUUGAACCUACGUAUAUCUCUAAAAUUUAGAAAGUUUUCAUACUUGAAUAGCUUAUUCGCGUCUUGAAUCUUGCUUUUGACAAUUUUUCAUUUGUUAUGAAAUUCACUUUGAUAUGUUAUAGAGUUUGAACUGUACCUCAUCUCCCUAGCAAAAGAUUAUGCACAAUCCUAUUUGUGAAACACUAUUUAUUCGAUAACUAUUACAUUCAAUGUUAUGAUUGAAAGUUUUUAAAAUAUUUCAUGAAAAAAAAAGAAAAUAUUAUAGUAAUCUCUUAUCAAUUAUUAUUUGAGAUAACAAACAUCAUGUAAAAUUCAUCACUUAAUUUGAAGUAUGAAUAUACAACAAUCUGUCUAUUCUAAAAGAUUUAUUCGUACUUUCCAGCAAGAUGAUAAGGUAUGCAAUCAUUUCUAAGUUGUGUUUAAAUCAUUGCUAAGCUAUUUUAAAAUGAUAUUAAUCGAUUGAUUCAUAACAAUUGAAGCUAAAACUUUAUCUGCAUGCAUCGUAUUAGGUCGACUUGUAAAACUCUAGUUAGAAUCGUUUAGAAUUUCAAUUUUCUCGAAAGUUUUCUUUCUUUAGUUUUUUCUUUGUUUUUGUUUUACGGUUGACCAUUCAUCUAUUGACUAAUCAUAUGAAUAAAUUACUUGUAAGUAUAUACAAAUUAUAAUUUGAUUAUUUUAAUUGUAUAAAAUAUUAGGUUCGAAUCAGUUUGUAAUGCAUUACAAGAUAGUUUUCGAUAUUUUCUUACUGUCUGUAUAAAUUCAUAAUAGAAGAACUUAAUUAUUCUCUUUUUUUUAUCAUAACAUCUCAAUGGAAUCUGUUCAGAAUAUUUCAAUAAUUCUCGUGAUUUUCAUACAAAAUAAGUAUCAUUCAAUGCUGAUUAUGAACCUGAUAAAUUAAUGAGAUUUUGACAUAAAACAAGAAAUUAUAAUUUACAAGAAGUAUUAGCUAUUUGUGAUAAAAAAACAGGACUAUAUAAUGAAACUCAUUUUCUUUGUGGUAUGAAUUUGAUGUUUUUUUUUUGUCUAAACAAAUUGAAAUAUAUAUGUAUAUGUUAUAGGACAAGCACGAAAUGAACGUGUUUCAUUAUAAAUAAUUCUCGAAAAAUUAAAUGAUAUUGAAGAAGUCCUAAGAUUUUGUCAUGAAAAAGGUGGUCAAUCAUUAUGGACAAUAUUAAUUGAAGAAUCUAUUGAUAAAUCAGAUUUUAUUAGCGAAUUAUUAAAUCAUGCUGGUGGUGAUAUUAAAUUAUAA